ACACCCAAAUUGAUCCAAACCUCAAAUUGUGAAAUACAUUCAAAACAUUACUGUUUUCCAAAUAAAAUUUCGCCCACAAAAAAAUGCGUUUAUUCAGGCCAGGCCAAACCUUCAGUUGGACCGACUCUCCGCACUUGCGCACUUAUAAAAAAAGAUGCUGAAUGUCAGUUGGAAGUAGGAGUCUCAUUUGGUGGUGGUCAGUGCUAAUUAGCCCGUUAGGCCCGAGCGAAUUGUUUAUUUUAGGAUCCCUCCAUAAUGCACUUACAAUGUAAGUGAUGGGGGGGACAAAAUCCACAGUCGUGCCAGCAAGGCUAAGACGGUCGCUUAACGGGUUAAAGCUAGUGGACGUGUAAUAGCUUAAUUACGACAAGUGCACGGACAACACACAGCUGACAAGAAGAGGACAACAGCAGCCACAAAAGCUGUCAUGUAGUCAUGCUGACAAGGGUACAUACAUGUACAUGCAGAGCUUGGAAAAAAAAUCACACUGUGUUUGUCAGUAAACCCAUAUGUCCAAGAUCAUGUUCAGGACACCAGCAGUUACUCUUACAUUCCCCCACCUCCUGUAUAUAUGUUGACUGCUAUCAUUAUGGUUAUUAUUUAUGUCUCUCACACCCCUCCUUGUCAGAGCAUGUUAAACAAACCUCCUAGACCCUGCAGGCUGGUUUCUGCCUUGUCCCGAAGAGAGCAGCAGCAGCAGCUCUGUGUUUGUCUUUUGGUUGGUGACAGCACAGGAGCAUGUGGUCAUGCAGCGGCCAAUGCCGAGCCCAGAGCAGGCGAUCAACACUAUCAGACUAGCAGCAGCAGCAGUGCUGGCACCGGAGAGGAACUCUGCCGUCCCCCUGCAGAAAACCCCCCCAUAAAAGAGAGAGAGAGAGAGAGAGAGAGGGAGAGAGGGAUUUGGUUACAGAGCGGAUGAUGAGGAUGCAGCGGGAAGGGGAUGUUGCAGAGCAGGCUGCAGGGAGGCAAAAACAAACAGGAGGACAGGCUGUGUGAUCCAGGACCUCAAGAUGUAGGAGCCGCAUCAGAAGAGCUCUCAGUCAGAGUGUGUGUGUGUGUGUGUGAACGCACCAUAACAUCAGGGGACUUGUUGUGUUUCAAGGAUAGUGAAGGUGGAGAGGCGCAACCUGAGAAGUCCCCGCUCCACCUCCACAGAGGAUGACAAAUUAGUCCUUAUUCAGCAAGGAGUACGAGCAUCACCCUGAGGAUCAGAUGUUGUCCACAGCUCAGCAGAUGCUGCAGGAUAGCCGCUCCAAGAUCGAGCUGAUCCGACUGCAGAUUAUCAAAGUCACCCAGGCUGGUAGCAGCAGCAGCAGCGGCGGCGGCGGAGAUGAUGGCAGUAACCAAAACAGCUCCACUCAUGGAGGGAUCUCUCCACUCGCUGUCAGUCCUGUGGACGCCCGAUUAGCGGAGUUGCAGCACUACAUGCAGAGAGAGAAGGAUGCGUUGGUGCUGGCCAAAGAUGUGGUGAAGCAGCUGGUGGGAAUCUCAUCGCUUGACCAGAAGGCACUGGCUGAGGCUCAGUCCCGGGUGCAGGAGUCCUCCCAGAAGCUGGAUCUUCUGCGGUUGUCCCUGGACAAAUGCCUGAAGGAAAAGAGCCAGGAGUCUCAAGAGCAGCCUGGCGGAGAGGUCGACUCAUCAUUGGGACCACCCAAGUCUCCCCAAAACCCCAGAUCCGGAUGCCCCCUGUCCACAUCCCCGUCCAUCUUCUCCAUUAGACCGGCCUCUUUAACUGGGAAACUUGAAGUGAAGCUUCUUGGAUGUGAAGAUUUACUGAAACCUCUGACAGACUUGGAGCAGGAAAACCCUCCGAGUCCCUCUGAGGACGGUUCACCAGCUGCUCACAGGAUGGACGGACCCUGUGAGAUCAACGCCGUUCUCAGGCUGGACGGCCGAGUGGUUGGCCGGACACGCUGGGCGGCCGUCAGCAGACUGAGCUGGGAUCAGACGUUCUGCAUCCAGCUGGAGCGGUCUCGAGAGCUGGAGAUCAGCGUCUUCUGGCGGGACCGGAGGGCGAUGUGUGCCGUCACGUUCCUGCGACUGGAGGAGAUGUUGGACAACCCGAACCGCUCCGAGGGUUUGAGUCUGGAGCCGCAGGGCCUCAUCUAUGCCAAGCUUCAGUUCAUCGCCACUGUCGUCGAGCGGCAGCCGAAACUGAGACGUCAGCGAUGCAUCUUCACUAAAGAGAGAGGGAAGAACUUCCUCAGAGCCGCCCAGAUGAACAUGAAUUUUGCCACGUGGGGUCAUGUGAUGAUGAGCAUCGUCCCUCGCUACAGCUCCUUCACCACGUUCAGCUCGUCUCUCUGUACGACCCCCAACCUGGUGGCCAAUGACACCCCGCAUCCCACCGAGAAGGAGCCUCAAAACACCACUCCACUGCCAAGUGAAGCUCCAGUAAUCAGACUCAGCAUCACUGAGGAUCAGCCGUCUCCCACCAGCCUCGACCAGGGAGAGGACGUUCCCACCAUCAUCACCACAGCACACAAACCAUCAUCCGUGCCUGCGCUGCAAGAAGAUCUGUCAUCCAUAAACAAUACAGAAGAAAAUGAAGAUCAGCCUGUAUCUGCUCUGAAGAUGCAGAUGGAAGAUUUGAAGUAUAUUUCGGUUCUGGGCAGAGGACACUUUGGGAAGGUCCUGCUAGCAGAGGUUAGGAAGACGGGAAAACUGUAUGCCAUCAAAGCCUUGAAAAAAAGAGACAUAGUGACUCGAGAUGAAGUGGACAGCCUUAUGAGUGAGAAGAGGAUCUUUGAGAUGAUCAACGCGUCCAGACAUCCGUUCCUGGUGAACCUCCACGGCUGCUUCCAGACCAGCGACCACGUCUGCUUCGUCAUGGAGUAUUUACCAGGCGGAGACCUCAUGAUCCACAUCCACAACAACGUCUUCACCGAGGCCCAGACCAGGUUUUAUUCAGCAUGUGUCCUGCUGGGUUUAGAGUUCCUGCAUCUUAAUAAAAUCAUCUACCGAGAUCUGAAGCUGGACAACCUGCUGAUGGAUGCAGAUGGAUUUGUGAAAAUCACGGACUUUGGACUUUGUAAAGAAGGGAUGGGUCAUGGAGAUCGGACCUCGACUUUCUGCGGGACUCCAGAGUUUCUGGCUCCUGAGGUCCUGACAGACGACAACUACACCCGAGCAGUGGACUGGUGGGGGAUGGGCGUCCUCAUCUUCGAGAUGCUUGUGGGAGAGUCCCCGUUCCCUGGUGAGGAUGAAGAGGAGGUGUUCGACAGCAUCGUCAACGAUGAUGUGCAGUAUCCAGGGUCUCUUCCUCCAGAUGCUGUCUCCAUCAUCCAGAAACUGCUGAAGAAGAACCCGCUGAAAAGACUCGGAGCUGGAGAGAGAGACGCUAACGAGCUGAAAGGAGAGAAAUUCUUUGAGACCAUCGACUGGGAAGCCCUGCUGGCCAAGAAAGUAAAACCGCCGUUCCUGCCGUCGAUCAAAGAGUCCGUGGACGUCAGCAACUUCGACAGCGAGUUCACUCGACUCCAGCCGGUCCUGUCGCCUCCCUCCAAACCUUUCAGCCUCUCCGCCGAGCAGCAGGAAGCCUUCGCCGACUUCGACUUCUGCGCCUUGCACGGAUGACAGACGAGAUAAAAAAAAAGACCAGGGUGGGAAAUGAAUCACCACCAGCCAAACAUUGGUAAUUAACCGUCAUUAUUUAUAUUCAUACCCCCCCUUCUGGCAAGAAAAAUACUUCUUAGUAUACUUAAACGUAUACUUAUACCACAAGCUACUUUAUUUAUAAUGUUUUGGAUAAAAUCAUUCAUCAUUAAUAAUCAAUAAGUCCUGUUUAACUGUGAGUUAAACAGUACAGAUGGCAAGUAUAUUGAUAGGAUUUCAUGAAACUUAAAUGCUGAAUUACUUGAUUAAUUAUUAUUAUAUAUUCUAAAAAAAUAAUAAUUAACAAUUUUCAUGAUUUUAGUACUUUAUCGAAUACAAAUACCAAAUAUUUGCUGAUUACAGACACAAAUUUGAGGGUUUUCUCCCUUUAAUUUACUGUUUCAUAUAAUUUUAUGUGAAUACUUUUUGCAGCUGUUGGUAAAAAGAUUUUUUGGAGUUGUAGUUUGUUUCAGAACAGAAAAACAGGUUAGAAAGUGAGUUUUGUAAGCCAGAUAUCUGAACUGCGGAGCUAUUUAUAUUGAUCAAAAAAACCUGCAGAUAUACAGUACAUGGUCACGUUUAUCGUCCACUCGACUGCCACUUAAAGAACAUUUCCUGCCCUGGUCUUGAAGUAGUUACAACCAGACGAAUGCAGCUCAUUUAUUUUCAAACAGGACAAUGCAUACGAUCCCAUGGCUGAUUUUGCUGACUGUUUGCAAAUCGUUGAUCAAAUAACCAGGCAGCAUCUUUUUUUUUUUUCUUUUUUUUUCACAGAGUAAAGAAAAGUGAUUGUAGCCCUUUAUAUUCUCUGUGGAGAGUCGAUAUUUUCUGACUGUUUGAGCGCAGUGUCAACCUGCAGCAGUAAUACAACUGUACCUUCAA